AUGUCAACGCCAUCACCGUCACCGUCACCGUCUCUCCCUCCGUCUCUGGUGUCACCAUCAACGCCCUCACCGUCACCGUCACCUCCACCAUCUCUGGUGUCGCCUUCAACACCACCGUUAGCAACUCCUGUACCUGCAUCACUGCCUCCACUAUUGCCAGUACCGGAAAGUUCAUCUGCGGCAUCAAUUUCGCCUGAAAAAUCACCGACUUCUCCGGCAUAUACACUCAAGGGUUCUCUUCCUCCUCCUCCUCCUCCUAUUAGGUUAAGUCCUUUUUAUUCUCAUUCCACUUCAUCACCUCCUUUUGGAUUGGGUCCACCGCGGCCAUCAACACAAAGUUCUGGUACUGGUGCUGCAGUGGCUGUUGCCGUGUGGACCAGUAUUCUACUGCUUAGCAUCAUUGGCAUUGCUAUAUGGUGCCUUAGGAGGCAAAAGAAAAGGGUUUCAGAGAAGGGUGCUUAUGAAUUCCCAUCCCCUCUUGCCUCCUCACCUCAAUCUGAUUUGUCCUUUCUCAAGACGCAUUCUUUAGCUCCACUUAUACAAAGAGCUUCUGGCGGUAACACACCAUCAAGACUAGGCAACUCAAGGUCAUUGUUUUCAUAUGAAGAACUAAUCAAGGCCACAAAUAAUUUUUCAGCUCAAAAUCUUUUGGGUGAGGGUGGAUUUGGUUGUGUGUAUAAAGGGUCCCUUUCCGAUGGAAGAGAGGUAGCAGUCAAACAGCUGAAACUUGAAGGAGGUCAGGGUGAUAGAGAAUUCAAAGCUGAAGUGGAAAUUAUUAGUCACAUACAUCAUCGUCAUUUGGUUUCUUUAGUAGGAUACUGCAUUUCAGAUAACAAGAGACUUCUUGUCUAUGACUACGUCCCCAACAACACCCUUUACUUUCAUCUUCAUGGAGAUGGUAGGCCGGUGCUAGACUGGGCAAAACGUGUAAAAAUCGCUUCUGAUGCAGCUAGAGGAAUAGCUUAUCUCCAUGAAGAUUGCGAUCCUCGGAUUAUUCACAGGGAUAUCAAGUCAUCAAACAUUCUUUUAGACUACAACUUUGAAGCUCGAGUCUCAGAUUUUGGACUGGCCAAAUUAGCUCACGAUGCAAAUACACAUGUAACCACACGUGUCAUGGGAACUUUUGGAUAUGUUGCCCCUGAAUAUGUAUCAAGUGGUAAAUUGACCGAGAAGUCGGAUGUAUAUUCUUUUGGAGUCAUGCUCUUGGAGCUCAUUACAGGAAGAAAGCCAGUAGAUAUAUCCCAACCAGCUGGAGAAGAGAGUCUAGUUGAAUGGGCUCGACCUUUGCUAAGUCAUGCACUUGAUAGUGAGGAAUUUGAAAGUUUGAUAGAUCCAAAACUAGAAAAGAACUACGUUGAAAGUGAAAUGUUUUGCAUGAUUGAAGUUGCUGCUGCUUGUGUGCGAUAUUCAUCCGCAAAAAGACCUCGCAUGGGACAGGUUGUUAGAGCUUUUGAUAGCUUAGCUUCUUCUGAUCUAUCAAAUGGAAUGAGAGUUGGGGACUCUGUACUGCAAUCAACAGAGAUCAGAUUAUUUCGUAGGAUGGCAUUUGGUAAUCAAGAUUAUAAUACAGACCCUUUUAGCCAAGGUUCCCUUGAUUCUUUGCAACAAAAUAUUUUUUAUUAUUAUUUUCACCUUCUUUUCUCCUCUCUGCUUUCAAUCCUGCCUACAUCUGACCCACUGCAGACUUCACAUUCACACCCUCGUGCUAAUGGCCACUAG